AUGAUUCCUCAAUCCUUCCUUGCCCUGAUCUCUCUCCCUCUUCUUGUCUCCGCUCAUUUCCAUAUCCACUACCCAGCUCCAAGAAGCGAUGAGGAUGAGACGGAGGCGAAGUUUCCUUGCGGUGGCUUUUCUGUCUCCCAAAACCGCACUGUUGUCUCCAGUUCGGCCUUCCCGGUUGCCCUCGAGAUGGGUCACGACCGCUCGGUAGUCCAGAUACUUCUGGCCCUAGGCAAUGAUCCAGGCGACAACUUCAACAUCACACUCGAGCAGACUUUCCAGGAACAGGGAGAGGGAAGUUUCUGUCUGCCAUCGGUCCAGGUCCCGGCUAGCCUCGAUAUUCAAGACGGCACGAAUGGGACUUUACAGGUCAUCACGGACGGAGAAGGUGGUGGUGGUCUUUAUAUCUGUGCUGAUUUGACCUUUACCUCAUCGCCGACCAUCCAAUCACUUCCAAGCGCCUGCACCAACGGCACCGGAGUGACGGCCUCUCCGCUCUCCUCCAAAGUCAACGCCAACGAGACCAACGCUGAUGGCUCGCCGCAAAGUGGCUCUGGUUCCGCCUCCGCCUCGUCUGCGUCUUCAUCACUCGCAAGUCCAAGUAGCACCGCGAGCGGCGCUUCGAGCUCUCCGACAGGUAACAGCGCUACCGUUUUCACAGCUGGGUGGAGUGUUUUGGGAGCUGCUGUGUUCGGGGCUUUGACUUUGAUAUGA